AUGCGGGAUAUCCUCACGGUCGCGCCACCAAAACCUUGUUCGCGAGAGUUCCUGCGCCUGACCGCGCUGCCCGCACUGGAGGACGUGCGGCCGCCGGGGUUGCUGGCCGAGUCCCUGGCGCUGGUGAAGGCGCGCUGGGUGCAGGACCACGACUAUGCCUACGCGUGCGCGCAGCUCAAGUCCAUCCGCCAGGACCUGACCGUGCAGCACGUCACCUCCCCGCUGGCGGUGGGCGUUUACGAGACGCACGCGCGCGUGGCGCUGGAGGCGGGCGACUGGGCCGAGUUCAGGCAGUGCCACGCGGGCCUGCUGCGCCUCUGGGCCGAUGGCGCGGACGAGGUCGUGCCGGUGAGCAGCGUGCGGUGCCCGGGGCGUGUGGAGUGA